GCAAUGAUUCUCGAUGGGCUGCCCCUUUCCUUGUUUAUGUCUUGUGCUUUGGAGAGCAAAUGGAAUAUACUCUUGCUGGCUAAGGGUCAUUUACCCAAGCCAACGUUGGGGGGUCUGCUGAAAGCAUUUGGAUGGCUGGAAGAGGAUCUGGUAGGGAAAAAGCAAAACGACCAAGCUGGAAUUCUGAGGCAGGCACUGUAAGCUAUAAAGCCCAUCCAGACACAGGGCAAAAAUCACCCUUUUCCUGCUAAUGGUUUCCACAGCACAUUUUCUUUCAAGCAACAGUAUGUUUCGUGUGUGUCUCUUCUAAAAGGCUUUUGCAAAAGCCUGCUGCUCAUUUCAAGAAGGCUCCUACCAGUGUAUGCCACACAGUUUUGAGAAAGAAAACAAGAUGUUUUAUCACACUGCAGUGCUGUCUGUGUUCUUGGUAGCAGCAUAUCACAGGAAAGUAAACUGUAAAAACUAACAUAGCAGAACAGUUUAGCGGAUUUUCCCCCCCAGACUGGCAUAAUCAUUGGUGAGAAUAGGAAGAUUUGCCUUCACUGUAAGUGCCCACAAGAAGAGCACUUUGUAACAGUAAUGCCUCUGGAGAUGGAGAAGACGGUGGCCAAGCUCAUGUUUGACUUUCAGAGGAAUUCCACUUCUGAUGAUGACUCAGGCUGUGCCUUGGAAGAGUAUGCAUGGGUGCCUCCAGGGCUGAAGCCAGAACAGGUUCACCAGUACUACAGCUGCCUCCCGGAAGACAAAGUGCCCUAUGUGAACAGUCCUGGAGAGAAAUUGCGCAUUAAGCAGCUUUUGCACCAACUGCCGCCGCAUGACAAUGAGGUCCGCUAUUGUAAUUCAUUGGAUGAGGAAGAGAAGAGGGAGCUAAAACUCUUCAGCAAUCAGAGGAAAAGGGAGAAUCUAGGGAGAGGCAAUGUUCGACCAUUCCCUGUCACCAUGACUGGAGCCAUUUGCGAACAGUGUGGGGGCCAAAUCAGUGGAGGCGACAUCGCUGUAUUUGCCUCCAGAGCAGGCCACGGCAUUUGCUGGCACCCACCAUGCUUCAUAUGCACUGUCUGCAAUGAACUGCUGGUUGAUCUGAUCUACUUUUAUCAAGAGGGGAAGAUUUAUUGUGGCAGACACCACGCUGAAUGCCUGAAGCCUCGAUGUGCAGCAUGUGACGAGAUCAUUUUUGCAGAUGAAUGCACCGAGGCCGAAGGGAGACACUGGCACAUGAAGCACUUUUGCUGUUUUGAAUGCGAAACAGUGCUGGGGGGGCAGAGGUACAUCAUGAAGGAAGGCAGGCCCUACUGCUGCAACUGCUUUGAAUCUCUGUACGCGGAGUACUGCGACACCUGCGCACAACACAUAGGUAUUGACCAGGGCCAGAUGACUUAUGACGGCCAACAUUGGCAUGCUACAGAAACCUGUUUUUGCUGUGCUCAGUGCAAGAAAUCCCUACUUGGUCGACCUUUCCUACCAAAACAAGGGCAGAUAUUCUGUUCGAGGGCAUGCAGCGUGGGUGAUGAUCCUAAUGGCUCAGAUUCGUCAGAUUCGGCAUUUCAGAACGCAAGAGCAAAGGAGUCCCGCCGCAGUGCCAAAAUUGGCAAGAACAAAGGGAAAGUGGAGGAAAACAUGUUAAAUCAGUGCAGUCAACUGCAAGUGACCUCAAAUAGACUUUCUGCAGAUGUGGACCCACUGUCGCUACAGAUGGAUUUGCUGAGUUUGUCUAGUCAGACUCCUAGCUUAAACAGAGAGCACAUAUGGAGGAGCAGAGAUGAACUCUACCACUAUGGAAAUCAAAUGGAGCAAAGUCAAUCCCAAAGCCCCUUGCAGCUUCUCAGCCAGUGUAAUAUAAGGACUUCCUAUAACCCAGGACAGGGCCCAGGCACUCAACCAGAUUUAUGGGCCAAACAUUUCAACAAUCCAAAGAGAAGUUCAUCUAUAGCGAUGAAGGGGCAUAAUGGAAGCUUCAUCCAGGAGUGCAGAGAAGAUUAUUACUCAGGAAGGCUUAGGUCACAAGAAAGCUACAGUGAUAUGUCUAACCAGAGUUUUAAUGAAACCAGAGGAAACAUCAAAGUUCCAAAAUAUGAUGAAGGGGAAGAAGGCGGGAUGUCUACCAAACAGUGUCGAACAAGGCAUCCAAUCAACGCACUUAAAUUCGCUGAGGACCUAACACCCACUGAGCAAACGCCACGGGGCUCAAUGGAGUCCCUCGCCCUUUCAAAUGCCACAGGACUCUCUGCGGACGGUGGCACCAAGCGCCAGGAGCACCUCUCUAGAUUCUCAAUGCCUGAUCUGAGCAAAGAUUCUGGAAUGAACGUCUCGGAGAAGAUGAGUAACAUGGGGACGCUGAGCUCCUCUGUGCAGUUUAGAAGUGCUGAGUCCGUCCGUAGCCUCUUGUCUGUGCAACAGUACCAAGAUAUGGAGCCGAACCUGCGCGACCUUGCCAAUCCUGCCAAUUACAGAGAGAUGCCAUUGCAUGGAAGGAUGCAUCAGAGUUUUGAGUAUGACAGCGGGAUUCCAGGGAACAAAAUUCCUGGACAGGAUACUGCUAGACUUCCCCCUAUGAGCGAGUGCACACGCAGACGAACCAAUCUCCGGGAUGACGAUCGGCGUUAUCGCCCACACAGAUCCCGGCGGUCCAGACGCUCCCGCUCGGAUAACGCCCUCCAUCUGGCCAGCGAACAGAGCUGUCGAUUGAAAGAGAGGCCCUCGCUGCGAGCCAGAGAGGACUAUGACCAAUUCGUGCAUCAGAGAAGCUGCAGAGAGACGAUGGAACAGGGCCCCCGUAGAGACCUGUAUGGUCAGUAUCCAAGGACUGUGUCAGAUCUUGCUUUGCAGAACCAUCUAGGGGAGAGAUGGGGCCCCUAUUUUGCCGAAUAUGACUGGUGUUCUACCUGCUCCUCCUCUUCGGAGUCUGACAAUGAAGGAUAUUUCCUUGGGGAGCCAAUCCCACAACCUGCCCAUCUCCGAUACGUUACUAGCGAGGAGCUCCUGCACAAAUACGGAUCAUAUGGCAUGCCCAAGUCUUCCACGUUGGGUGGCAGAGGACAGUUGCACAGCCGAAAAAGACAAAAGAGCAAAAACUGUAUCAUAUCCUAACAGGGUCACUGCCUGGGCACGUUCUGACAAUGUAAAUUCACUCAAACUUGCACUGUUUUAGAUCUUCAAUGCGCUUUUUAUUGUAACAAACAGACCUGAAGACUGGGGAUUUGUAAGAAGGUUGUAAAUUGGCUUCUAUAAGUAGUCAUAAAUCAUUGGCACGGUGAAUAUAUUUUGCACAUUUUACUUUCGAAAAAAACAAUUCACUUUAGCCUGUAAUAUCUACCUAGUGUUUUUCCUCUUCUUCCUAAAUACUGCCACUUCUUUAAGUCCAGUUUGUCCAUCUGUUUUAGUUACCACUGGUCACUAUAAUCAACAGCUUGCGAAUAGCUUGUGUUCUCCUAAUCCACGUUGGUUUUCACUACCCAUUUUGGUAAGUAAUUGGUCUC